AUGCCAGUCAAGCGAAUGCCGGCGAGACAUGACAGCAGCCUCCCAGAGGGUCCUCGCACAGUACAGGAGAUGUUGGACUGGCCAACGAGGGUAAUAGCUGCUAUGCGUGACAUUGGUCAAUUCGAGACCUGGUUGAGCAAUCUCCGUGGUGGGUUGAUCGUGGGGACUCAUUUCUCAGGUCUCCUGACUGCAGAACUGGCUUUGGAGCAGCUGGUACAUGCAACCGCAGACGUUCUUGAAAGAAACGGCCAAACUUCGGAGUCGGAGCAGCUGCAUGGGAGACUUAUGAGUGCCUGGACUUGUGACAAACUUCCGGAGAGUCAAGACUUCGCAAUGUCAUGGCCGAAGUCGAGAUACUGGCACGAUGCUGGUGGGUGCUGCUUCGGCGACAUCUUCGACAGCUCCUCAGAUGAGAUGAUUGAGAAGUUCAACUUUGUUGAUCGUGCCAAGGAGGAGGGCCGGGGCCGACAUGCUGUGCAGGACACGCAGACGUACAUGUUUCGCCAUGUUCGUGAGAUCGUCGAGGAGUCAGCAUGCUUUCGGCACAGGAAGUGCUGCAAGUCGCAUGAGUACACCCCUCCGGAAGACUUCCACGACCCUGUGACCAUUGAGGUGGCAGGAACUCCAUGUGUUGGUUGGUCCAUCUUGGGAAAGCGUGAAGGUGUCCUUCAUGACAGUCACCUCGCCUUCCUGGCGUGGGCGGCAAAGACGAGACUUGCGUCGCCUAUGAUCAUCGUCCACGAGUGUACAGCUGCCUUCCCAGUGAGCCUCCUUGAAUACUGGUUCGACGACAUGUAUGUACUCCAUGAUAUUGGAUCCCCUCGACCCAACCGUCGCUUCACAUGGCUCAUUCGCAAGGAUUGCCGAUUCACAGGCAGUGCGGAGGAGUUCAAUGAGAUGUUCGCAGCACGGACAACGAUGUUGGCAGAUGCAUUUUUCUGUGCACCCAGCGAUGUUCUUCAAGAAGGCCUGAACGUAAUUGCCCAGUCCCGUGGGUUCGCGCCUCAGGAAGUAUCGAGGGUCAAAGAUUGGUCGAUCUUCUACCCUCCCGGCACUCGUGAGCGAAUGGAUGGCCACCUGAGGAUGUGGAUGAAGAAGCGAUCACCGGACAUCAUGAAGUACAUCAAGAAUUACCCCAUCAUCGCGGACUUGGAUCAGAAUCCGGGCUAUGGGCCCACAGCGUCCUUGCAAUGCCCAACAUUGGUGAGCCAUGGCACCCUGCACAAUUUCUUCCGAAAGCGCUGCAUGGUUGGAGAAGAGCACCUGCUCAGCAUGGGUUUUCCUAUCUUCGACGAGGACUGCUUCUUGAAGUCUGUCGUGGGCAAUGUCAUGAGCGAGCGGAUGAUGAAGCAAAUGGCUGGCAACGCGAUGUACUUGCCGUUGAUUGGCAUCCAGCUUCUCUAUCUCAUCAGCCACCUGGACAAGACGAACGGCGACAACGGUUGCAAGCUCAGGCGAAUGGGUCGCCUGGCCAGCACCUUGUCGUUCAGCUCCGGGGGGGGGCAUGGGCUCGCCCGGUCACUCUUCGACUACUUGGACGACUCCUGA